AUGCAGCAAACACAGCAAGGUCAUCAUGUGGUACGGGUCCCACCAUUUAGUCCAGCCCAGUUCAAAACCAUUGCGAUUGCCACGUUACGCACUCCAAACCAAAAAAAGAACUGGAUGUAUACCGACCAAUCACAAGCAAGAACGUGGGCAUGCUUCUUUGGCACUUCGCUCGAGGUAGCUAGUAACAUUUGGAACAGACUAGCUGAAAGCAACAAAAUUCCCAAGGGUGGUGCCCCACGUCAUCUUCUAUAUGCUUAUGCUGGCGAUGACGCCAAUGCAAAGAUGGUGAUUCGGAUGGAUCUCCGACUGAUUGGAUGGAACAAGUUGGUCACAAUGGCUUCAAUUGUCUACGAUGCUACUACGUUUGGGUGCUUUGAUAAGUGGCCGUUUGACAGUAAAAUGUGGGAUGUUAAACGCCACAAAGCAGGCCUCAAGUAUGAUGUUGCUAGCUCUAUUCACAACGGCUACAUUGUCCAUUGGAGCGGUUGGCACAAGGGUGGCAAGUCGGAUAUAAAGAUUUUCCGAGAGGAGCUGAAGUCAAAAUUGGACGCAGGCAAAUGUGUCGAGGCUGAUGCUGGGUGUUCAGGCGAAUGCUGUUUGAAGAAUCCUCAAGUCGCCAAAUCGCGUCGGGCAAAGCAGCAAAAGGGUGUUGUUCGUGCAAGACAAGAAUGUGUCUUUUGCAAGAUGAAAAAGUUCCAAUCAUUGCGAGGUAUUUGGAUCCAUAACUAUGAUAAGCAUACGUUUGCGGUAGGUGCUGUCCUGGUAUCAAUACAAAUUGGUUUAGAGCUUGGAACUGUGAAAUUUUGGGAUAUACCUGACUAUGAAGCCGAGUACUUCUGA